CCUUUCCAUCACACACUUUCGGCUCUGGCCCACACCGUCCACACCUUCUCGGCUGCACUGCCCCCUUCUCUGCCUACCAAUUUCGCAGCAUGUAACCAGAUCCGUCGAAUGCUCCGGCUCUAACCCACCUUCGACCUCCUCAAAGUCGUCAUGCGCCUAUCAUUCUGUCGUCUCGGCCAUUUACGAGAUGCAAGGCAGCCAGCUAGGCUGAACUUGGCUGGUCCUCGGCGAUAGGGCGACGGCAACGCGCUGGCGGUCUGUCCAGAGCAAUUUCCGCCCUCUGUCCCUACUCGGAUUUUAACACGUACAUCAGACGUCGUCGCUCAAAUUUGGUCGGAGGCUAUACUGCUAAACGUUGCGACAUCUAGGAUCCUCCUGACAGGCAUUUCUCGACGACCAACAAUGAGUGGUUUCUGGUUAACCAAUAUCGGGCCGCGACAUUAUGGAUUCUGGUGAACCUCACUGAAGUGUCGGCAUCAUCGCGGUUGGACUGGGGCGGAUGGAACACAUGACAAGAAAUGAUUCUUGCUCAUGCAUGUGGGAAUGUGGCUUGUCCAAUGGCAAAAACACCGCACGACGGCGGCAACAAUGAUGACGGGUUAGGCAAGGUUGCUGUGACACCUUGACUGCGUUGCAUCCAUGAAGCGGGGGUUUAAUUUGGGCUGAUUGGGGUCGGAUGCAGGAGUCGGGAGAAGGAGCUAAUGCAUGUUACGCGCUAAGAUCGAAAAACGUCGCCGUCGAAUUCGUUUCUCCGAUUUUGGGCCACUCGAGGCUUCAGCAUACUCGUCGACGAAGGCUCAGAAUGCAAGGAACUGUCUAUUUUCGUCAGUCGCUACUUCGCCUGCCUGCGCAUAGGCAAACGGACAUAGCGGAGCGCUCUGAUACAGGCCUAGUCUCGGAGUCGCCGAUCUGCGGAGUCGCCGAUCUGCUUUGUGGCCAGAACAGUGCCGCUUUGGGGCAGCAAAGCUCAGCCUCUACGGACAGAUCACCGAGCCUGGAGCCAUUUUCGCCAGAGUUCCCACUGUUUUGCUUCAGGACGCGGCCUUCACAGCUAUCGAUCCGGAAGAUUGGCACACAUGGGAUGAUUACGCCAUCUAGCAACCUCAUACGUAAUGCCAAAAGCGAGCAAAGCGGUUGGGCGACUGCCACAGGUGUUCUAGUAGGCCGGAUUUCAUGCGCUUGCUGUAGCUCGCGAGUAUAUAUAGGACGGGUGUCGCUCAGCAGAUUGCGAGUUCAUAGAUCUCCUCCAAUAUCAAAGUUCAAGAUGACUUCUAUUCAGUGGGACAGCCAGCAAUUUUAUCAACCACCACGUCCUGUGGCUGCACCGCCUUCGACAUUUUGGCCACCUUCGCAUCCACAACCAGGUGUUGGUUCGAGUCACUUUCAACCGUCUACAGCCAGUGCCCAUUUUGAAGGGGUCAAGAGGGCAAUUACGCAUGGCGCAGCCCAGAUGCACAUGUCAUCCAGUUCGGACCACGCAGAACUGCCUCUUAAUCAACAUCAAGGCCAGUAUCUACCAGGGACAGGAGAAAUCGCGCAGGCUAUUCGAUACAGUGGAGAUGCAGACGUCAGCGAUGAAGAGGCCGAGUUUCCUUCUAUCGAAGAACCCCUAUUACCAGAUAUAAAUGGCAGCCUUAGCAGCGUCCGUGGAAAUGUGACAGGUUUGGAUAAACUGAAAUGGGGUACAAGCCAGGAUGAGCCUAUCCUCCUGGACAGUGAUAUGGGCGACAUUGGAGUGCUGGACGAUGCUGAGAGGGAGAUCCUAGUACAUCUCUCCGGUUCCCAAGCUGCACUAAGUGAUGCGACGAUACAGACAACUACGGCAAAGGUGAAUGACGUGCUGUUGCUUGCCUCUCAAAACAUGAGCAAGCUUGAAACGGAGGGUCUACCCGGUUUGGGUAGUGUUCAAGAAACCAGUGCUAUCUCUGUGAUCGAAGGAAUCCCAACGAACGAAGACAAGAUCAAUGAUUACAUUUCCGCAGAGAGCGACGAUAUGGACACGAUUGAACUAAGCCCUGUGUUGAAGCGCAGCGAUGAUCGAGAUGGAAGCACAGAUGGUACUGAUGGCAAAGACCACGCAAAUGAUAGCUCCGGUUCUGAUAUAGAGCACCCACAGCGUUUAAAACGGCGGAGGAGGGCAAAGAGCAGCAAUCUGAAAGACGUUACUUUUCCGACCGAUUCCUGGGAUGUCUUAAGCCAGGGAGGAACAGCGGCCUCUUUCGAUUUACCUCGAAUGAGUCAAUCUAUUAAUAAUGGUGAUCACGUUAAUGAUAGCGACACCGCUAGCUCAGAGAUACAGGAGCGGAGACUAAAACGGCCAAGGCGGGCAAAAAGCAUGGAGAGCUCUGCACACAUGAGCCCUGGCAAUGCGAAAGAGGCUUCUUUUGCUAUGGCCAGUUCCUCUGACGUCUCAACUCCAAAGACAGGAGCGACGUCGUCUGAUUCCCCGCUAGAGAGUCACGAGAUACCAAUCCGUGGUUCCCUUACACUACAAACAUUCCAGUCGGGAAUAGUGUAUUGCCUUAAAUUUUCCCAGGAGGAGUUACCAUUUCCUCUCCACAUAGAGCAGGCACAAGAUGUCAUCAGCAGCGCCUCUAGUGGCGAUAGAGACAGGGAGCGGCCGCAUUUGCGAGAGCGAGUUGUGAGCAGACCUGGCAGGCAUUCGACAUAUUCAGAGGAUGACGACGAACUGUUGAUACAGCUGAAAGAGAAAGACAAAUUGCCAUGGGACGAAAUAGCAGAGUACUUCCCGGAAAGGACUAAAGGGACGUUGCAAGUGCACUACUCCACAAAGCUGAAGAACCGCUCGCAGGCGUCUAAGUACAAGAAACGCAAGAUAACGAACUCAGCUAACGAAAGCGGGGAAACAUACCCAUCUGGUUUUUCAAUGGAGUUGCUUGAUCCACAGCUUCAAGAUGCUCUUCCUUCCACACCAUUUCUAGCAGCAACUGCCGACCCCACCAAGGGUGCUCACAGAAGCAUACUAUCAACUGGGAACAAAGUGCAUACAGCAGUGCAGCCGCGUUGUAGCAGCCAAGGAGUGGAGAGCGAUACAGAUGAGAUCUGCGAGGUUGAGGCGUUGCUUGCCAAGUCAACAGUACGUAAUGUGGUUUGGUACCUCGUGAAGUGGGAAGGCUUUGGUGAUGAUAAAAAUACGUGGCAGGAACAGGACGACAUCAGUUUGGAUCUUGUUGACAAUUUUGAGGCGAGCUAUCAAGGGAACUUCGGUGUGGAAUUACUCAAGAAGCGAGAACGGAGAGGAAAAAUUGAAUAUUUUGUUAAAUGGAAGGGCCGUCCAUCGGGUGAGAAUUCCUGGGAGAAGGAAGAUACAAUACACUCUGAACGAAUCAAAGAGUUUGAAGCAAGGUGAUGGGCGUAUCCAAUAUACAGCGCAAGAAGAUAAAUUGCUGAUGCGCCUCAAGUAGAAGGGCCUGCCAUGGAAAGAGAUACAUAGGGCUUUCAUCCGUGCUUUCCCGGACAGGAGCAUCGGAUCGCUUCAAGUACGCUAUUGCUACAAGUUGAAGGACAGAGACUCUGAAUCUGAUGACGAAUAGUAUUAUUUAUAUUUAUUAAC